AAGAAUGGGAAGACAGAGAAGAGGCAGCGUAGAAGCUCACAUCGUCAUCAAGUUGCCUGUGUAUGAGGGUGUCUUCGACCGGAAGAUCGCGCUUCGUUUUUACGUUUUGUCAAGUUCUGACCAAUCAACGGCAUACAACCUUGGAGCCCCUGGCAUAGCCUUUGGAUGUCUUGGACUCUAUCAUGCGCCUUUCAAAGAUCUUUUGCAUUUUCAUUUCGACACUCUACGCCCACCUUUUUGUCGAGGCAAAGCUGCAAGCAAGGAAGCUCAUGGUUUGUCUUUCUCCUUGGCCAAGAACGUUUGUUCAAGGAGGAAGCAUGCUCUCAGCACUUGCAUGCUGGUGGAUCUAUCUUCGCCUCUCGCCAUUGCAGCUCACAGCAUGCAGGGUCUAUCUGGAAUUUUUAAGAUUAGCCCGAUUCAGAUUGAUGCUUUGACUGGAAUGCUUCUGUACGUCCUAGGCAAGAUAACGGCUGAUAGAAUCAAUCAGGAAAAGACGAACAAGAAGGAAAUCCGACGAUGGGGCACUGUUGGAGGUAUUGACGGCUGCCUUGCGCACGUUUGGUACAUUAUCACGGAUCACUUGGCAAGCAUCUGCAUCUUCCAACAAAAAAUCUGGAUUGUACUUGUUCAGGUGUUUUUGACGGAGUUGCUGUACACUCCGUUGUUCGUCAGCAUUUUUCUGCUCGUCUCUGCUCGUUUUGAUGGCAAGUCUCUGCAAGAAUCUCUUGGAAAGGUAAGGACAGGCCUUGUUCCAAUGUGGAGGAUGUCCACCAAGACAUGGAUUCCGAUCAACAUCUUUAUCUUCAGCCUCAUCCCCGUCGAAAGGAGAGUGUUAGUUUCCAUGUUUCUCAACUACGGCUUCGUGGUCACUCUCGCGCUCUGGGACACUGGAUGGUUCACUAAGGCCUGGAAUUGGUGGAAAAAGAACCAAGAUCAGUUCAUCACUUCGUAUGCUCUCUCCGAAGACCCUCCGGCUACCUCAAGAACUGAGACAGAGGGAGGGGCAAGUGGUGAUAUUAGCCGAUACCACUCCAACAAACCCUUCACCCCAGGCGACAGGAGCAUGAUGGUCACAAAGUCAAUGGUUGCAUCGGAAAAUGCUGAGUUGAUGAGAAAUUUACCAUGA